UUAUUCAUAUAUAUAUAUAUAUAUAGCUUUACAGCUCUAUUUCCUGCUGUCCUGACUGUGUCACUGUUCCUAAAUGCCAUCAUCUCGGAGCUGCUCUGUGGAACUUACUCCAAGUACAAAAGAGAUGGUUCAGGAGUGUAAGAAACGCCAAACAUCCCUAAACAAAGUGACUGCCUUUUAUAGGCACUUGGUGGCCUGUGUUGGCAGUAGCUCUGAUUCCAACAAACUGAGGGAUGACCUUGAACAGAUCAGAAGAAAAGUCUAUGAACUAAGCACAGGCCUCCAAACCAAGCUGGCCCUCUUACUGACUGAUAAAAGCUUGAAAGAAGAUGAGAGGACCGAGUUAGAAAGGCUGUGGGUCAUUUUCCAAUCAACUAUGGAAUUGUUCCAGCAGGACCUUGGCAAAACACAUAACCUGACCACACUUUUCCCUCUCAACGUCAGGAAGACCUACUUAGUAAACACAGGAGUAGCAGGAAAAACUAAUGAUGUAGGCUCCAAGGCUCUCAGUGUCAAGGCAAUGGGUUCUAAUGGUGAUGAAUGUUCAGUAGCCAUUGAAUCCCUGGAGAAGCAUUUUGAGCAAGUGGGAAAGAUGUUACAUGAGAUGGAGAUGAAAGUUAACAUUCCCCUCUGGGCAGUGGAGCCCAGUGAAGAGGUCUGGCCAGAGGCUGCGUCUGACCUUGGACUAGAUGAUACCUCAUCUAAUGAGAUGCUAGCAGCGAGUGAAGUGACUGGUUGGCGCUGCUGUUACAGAGGUUGCCGACUCUCCUCCCUUGUUUGUAUGGUGUCAUAGGCAAAAUUAGAAGUAAUAAAAGCGCCAUUUGAUCGAUGAUUUGAUAUUAUGGGUGAGAGGAAACAUCUCAAUGCUACUCAUCAGCUGCCAAAGGAAGAGAGCAAAUUCCAUAACCACCUUUAUAGCUUGUGCUACUUUCUUUUGUUUAGAUGUCUAUUCAGACAGCCUAAUCAUAGGAUAGAACAUGCCAUCAUCCAUUCUUUCAAUAGCACUCUAUGUCCUGCAGAUGGGUCUGGCUAGACUGGGUUCCAAUAAACUUUGCUUGCACUGUGUAGCUCUCAGUUAAUCACAGAAUAUCUCUAGCACUCCUGGGCCAAUUCUGGAAAAAAUAUUACAUGUCUAAUGAAAAGAAAAAAAUAAUAUAAAAUAAUGCAAAUGUCAUAUGGAGUUGAAAUUAGAUUUCAGGAUGCGCUCUGCCUCACAUGUAUUCCUCAGCAUUACCAUAUCACCUGCCUUGCAGGAUUUAUUCAGGGUAUCAUGUAAAUUGCUCAUAUUAAACUCAUCACUUGAAAUAGGUACUUUUUGACCUGCUAUAACUAAAGUAAUGAAGACACGGACAUGCCCUUUUUAACAGUUUAAUAGUCUCUUAGGCAUGCAUUAGAAUUAUUUCACUCAAAAUUAAAAAUGCAUUCAAUCAUAAUAGCUCUUACCAGUUUUAUAAUCUCACCAGAAGAGUGCAGCGCAUUAUUUAUAAC